UGCGGUGUAGUCACAUUUCUCUGUCAUUAAUCUCCCCAUUUGCAGUUUUAUUUCAUUUAGACCACUGAAUUACCAACAAGCUGCUUAUGAUCUCUGCUCCAAGUGCAAACGUGAGAAGGGAACAAGGAGGCGAGGAAGUGAAGAGGAGAGGAGGAGGCUGACAAUCCAUCACUGCUCCCGUGGAGCUUCUGUCAGGACGCGGCGACCAGCCGGGAUUACCAGUUGUAAUCGGGGAGCGACAGAAGUGGCGAGGAGCACGCAGCAAUGGCUCUGCUUGGAUGUUUCCCUUGGCUUCUGAUAUUCCUCUAUGCAGCCCCUGUUCACUCAGGUCUGAUGAGCCCGGCGGUGGAAGGCGGGUCCCCGGAGAAGUGCAAUCACCCCUGUGACGAGCUGAUAGACCUGAUCACUGAGAUCCACGGGCUACGGAUCGCCACCAGCAACCUGCUGGAGGACCUGCAAAGAGUAUCAGAGGAAAACAAGGAGAUGCGCCUAACUUUGGAGGAGCUGGGCAACAGUAGCUACAGCAACAUCGACGAUGAUGAUGAUGAUGAAUUGGACGUAGACCGGGACGGGGAGAUCUGGUGUGUGCAGGACAGACGUGUGUACGAGCACGGGGAGGACUGGGAUGUGGACAGCUGCACCUCCUGCACUUGCCAGGAAGGGAAGGUGGUGUGUCAGCAGGUGUCUUGCCCUCCUGUUUUCUGUCUCAACCCUACCUUUAUUGAUGGAGAGUGUUGUCCUGUGUGUCUGGCUAAAGAAGACGGUUGGUCCCCCUGGUCUGAAUGGACCGACUGCUCUGUCACAUGUGGACGUGGCGGGCAGCAGAGGGGUCGGUCCUGCAACGGCCCCAUGUCGUCCUGCGCCGGCCCGUCAGUCCAAACCCGCAGCUGCAUGCUGGUAAAGUGUGACCGCAAAGUACGUGUUGACGGGAAAUGGGGUCUGUGGUCUCCUUGGUCUGCGUGUACCACCUCAUGUGGAGAAGGUUAUAUUACACGGGUCCGGCUCUGCAACAAUCCUCCAGCACAAAGGGGGGGUAGAGGAUGUCUGGGCAAUACCAGGGAGACACAAUCCUGCAACAAUACACUCUGCCCCAUUGCUGGCAGUUGGGCGACCUGGUCUGAGUGGUCCCGAUGCUCAGCGUCGUGUGGGGGAGGUCUGUCUAUUCGCCAGCGGGAAUGCUCUAACCCUGCCCCUCAGCACGGGGGCAAGAAGUGUGCUGGAGAUGCAGUGGACUAUGUAUCAUGCAACAGAGAACCAUGCCCUAUAGACAUUUGCCUGUUGUCGAACCCGUGUUUUCCUGGUGUGGAAUGUAUUUCGUAUAAUGACGGGUCCUGGGAAUGUGGUCAUUGUCCGCUCGGUUUACGUGGCAACGGCACCCACUGUGAAGAUGAGAACGAGUGUAAAGUGGAGGGGAUGUGCGUCACAGCAUGUGUGAACACAGAUCCUGGAUUUUACUGCCUGCCCUGUCCCCGACGAUACAAAGGCACACAGCCCUUUGGCCUGGGACUCCGAGAGGCACAGUCAACCAGACAGGUGUGUGAACCAUACAAUCCUUGCAAAGACAAGACACACAGCUGUCACAGGCACGCCGAGUGUUUCUACCUGGGUCUGGCAUCAGAGGUCUUGUUCAAGUGUAUGUGUGCUGUGGGGUUUGCUGGUGAUGGCUUCUUGUGUGGCGAAGACUCUGAUCUGGAUGGCUGGCCCAACCAUGGCUUGACCUGUAAGCAAAACGCUACGUACCACUGUGAGAAGGAUAACUGUCCUGUACUGCCAAACUCUGGACAAGAGGAUCUGGACAAUGAUGGACAGGGAGAUGCCUGCGAUCCCGAUGAUGACAAUGAUGAAAUCUUAGAUGAGAGGGACAACUGUCCGCUGGUUUACAACCCUCGGCAGUUUGAUUCUGACAGGGAUGGGGUUGGGGACCGCUGUGACAACUGUCCUUUUGAUAGCAACCCACUGCAGACAGACACUGACGACAACGGCGAGGGCGAUGCCUGCAGUAUCGACAUUGACGGAGACGAGAUUUUGAAUGACCGUGACAACUGUCCCCUGAUCUAUAACACUGACCAGAGAGACACAGAUCUGGACGGCGUUGGUGACCAGUGUGAUAACUGUCCCCUUCUUCACAACCCGCUACAGCUUGACUCUGACAAUGACCUGGUGGGGGAUGCGUGUGACAACAGCGAAGACAUCGAUGAAGACGGCCAUCAGAACUCUCUGGACAACUGUCCCUACAUCGCCAAUAGCAACCAGGCCGACCACGACAACGACGGUAAGGGAGAUGCCUGCGAUCACGAUGACGACAAUGACGGUGUCCCUGAUGACCGGGACAACUGCAGACUGGUGCCAAACAGGGACCAGCUGGACUCUGACGGUAAUGGUAGUGGAGAUGCAUGCCAUGAUGAUUUUGACAAUGACAAUAUUCCUGAUGCGUUGGACCCCUGUCCGGAGAACAGCGACAUCAGCAACACCGACUUCAGGAAGUUCCAGGUAGUUCUGCUGGACCCGCGAGGCACCACCCAGUCUGACCCAUUCUGGGUGAUUCGCAGUGAGGGCACCGAGUUACUGCAGACGGCCAACUCAGACCCUGGCAUCGCCCUAGGAUAUGACAAGUUCAGUGCAGUGGACUUCAGCGUGACGCUUUAUGUGAAUACCAACCGAGAUGACGACUAUGCGGGCAUUGUGUUUGCCUACCAGUCUAGCGGGCGCUUUUAUGUGGUCAUGUGGAAACAGGUGACGCAAGCAUACUGGGAAAAGAAGCCGACCAAAGCAUUUGGCACAGCCGGGGUCUCUAUCAAAGUGGUCAACUCCACCACGGGACCCGGGGAGUACCUACGCAACGCCCUGUGGCACACCGGCAAUACCCGACACCAGGUCAGAACGCUUUGGCAUGACCCCAACAACGUUGGCUGGAAAGACUUCACCGCCUACCGCAUCCACCUCAUCCAUAGACCUAAAACUGGAUUCAUCAGAGUGGUGGUGUACGAGGGCAGGGACAUUUUGUCUGACUCGGGGGCGGUGUACGACCACACCUUGGCUGGAGGCCGUCUUGGACUGUUUGUCUUCUCUCAGGAGCACGUCAUCUUCUCAGACCUCAGAUAUGAGUGCAGAGAUAACUGAAUGUUUUCAUUGGGAGAGCUUCAAAACUCCAAGACUGCCGUUCAAGGAUCCAAGACAAAGACACGAAUAAAAACACAAACACACAGGCAGAAGGGGGGGGGGGGAGUUUCUGACAAUAAUCUGUUUCCAAAACCUUUCAGCUUUGCUCUGUACAACUGUCUUGAAAGCAGGCUGUAGCGUCAGUUUCAAAGCUUCUUUCAAAGUAUACAUUUUAUACUCCCUCCGCUGACAAAAUGUAUUGUUGUUUUUCUUACGUUUGUCGAGGAAAUGUAAAUAAUUAUUUAUUGCACAACUUUGCUGGAUGAAAUUGUAGAGGGGAAAAGAUUAAGGAUGUUUUGGUAAAAUGUUGGCAGUAGCAGAAUGCUGUGCCUUUUUUUUUUUUUUUUGGCUGAGAGAUUCAUCAAUAAAGACUUUUUU